AUGAUGAGGGAGUUUCCCAGAAAGAGAGAAAACUCACAAAGAAACAACUUAAAGCUGGAGGUUUUAUAUCAUUUGAACAAAAGGUUACAUUUAAAAAGUGUCAAGGGUGGCCAGCAUCGAAAUGUUCAACCUUUUAGUGAUGAGGAUGCAUCGAUUGAAACAAUGAGCCAUUGCAGUGGUUACAGCGAUCCUUCCAGUUUUGCUGAGGAUGGGCCAGAAGUCCUUGAUGAGGAAGGAACUCAAGAAGACUUAGAGUAUAAGUUGAAGGGAUUCAUUGACCUAACCCUGGAUAAGAGUGCGAAAACAAGGCAGGCAGCCCUUGAAGGUAUUAAAAAUGCAUUGGCUUCAAAGAUGCUUUAUGAAUUUAUUCUGGAAAGAAGAAUGACUUUAACUGAUAGCAUUGAGCGCUGCCUGAAAAAAGGUAAAGGUGAUGAGCAGCGUGCAGCUGCAGCAUUAGCGUCUGUUCUUUGUAUUCAGUUGGGCCCUGGAAUUGAAAGUGAAGAGGUUUUAAAGACUCUUGGACCAAUCCUGAAGAAAAUAAUUUGUGAUGGAACAGCUAGUAUCCAGGCCAGGCAAACUUGUGCAACUUGCUUUGGUGUUUGCUGUUUUAUUGCCACAGAUGACAUUACUGAGCUAUAUUCAACUCUGCAGUGUUUGGAAAAUAUCUUCACCAAGUCCUAUCUCAAAGAGAAAGACACUAAUGUUAUCUGUAGCACCCCUAAUACAGCACUUCAUAUCAGCUCGCUUCUCGCGUGGACAUUAUUACUGACCAUAUGCCCAAUCAAUGAAGUGAAGAAAAAGCUUGAGGUGCAUUUCCAUAAGCUUCCAAGUCUCCUUUCUUCUGAUGAUGUAAACAUGAGAAUAGCUGCUGGUGAAUCUUUGGCACUUCUGUUUGAAUUGGCCAGAGGAAUGGAGAGUGACUUUUAUUAUGAAGACAUGGAGUCUUUAACUCAGAUGCUUAGGACUUUGGCUACAGAUGGAAAUAAGCACCGGGCCAAGGUGGACAAGAGAAAGCAGCGGUCAGUGUUCAGAGACAUCCUGAGGGCGGUGGAGGAACGGGAUUUUCCGACAGAAACUGUUAAAUUUGGUCCUGAAAGGAUGUAUAUUGAUUGCUGGGUCAAAAAACAUACGUAUGAUACCUUUAAGGAGAUUCUCGGAUCAGGAAUGCAGUACCACUUGCAGUCAAAUGAAUUCCUUCGCAAUGUCUUUGAACUUGGACCCCCAGUGAUGCUUGAUGCUGCUGCAUUGAAAACAAUGAAGAUUUCUCGAUUUGAAAGGCAUUUAUAUAAUUCUGCAGCCUUCAAAGCUCGAACAAAAGCUCGAAGCAAAUGUCGUGAUAAGAGAGCAGAUGUUGGAGAAUUCUUCUAG